AUGGCAAGUGUCCGCGAAAGUGAGGAUUUUAUGUUGAUUAUGAGGGAGAAUGAAUUAACUCGUAUGCAAACGUUUGCUAAUUUCCCAGACAGUUGUUCUGUCAGACCCAGUGAACUCGCAAAGGUGGGGUUCUUUUAUUUAGGGACUUCAGAUAUUGUAAAAUGUGCUUAUUGCGGCGGGAAAAUCGGAUCUUGGAGCAGGGGCGAUGACGCAUUUGGAGAACAUUUGAAACAUUUUCCGUUGUGUCCAUUCGUACAACAAAGACAAAGAAGGGAGCAAAAUUCGACCCAACAGAGUAAUGUAUCGUUUGACGAUAACCCAAUAGUGACUGAACGACCAAAGCAUCCCCAGUAUGCAAUUGUACAGAAAAGAAGAACGACAUUUGAAAACUGGCCUAACAGUAAGCGGCAAACACCAAGAGAACUUUCCAUAGCGGGGUUAUAUUACGCCGGCUUUGGGGACAAUGUAAAAUGCUUUUUCUGUGGCGGGGGACUGAGAAACUGGGAGCCACAGGAUGACGUAUGGACUGAGCAUGCGCGUUGGUUCCCAAAUUGUGGGUAUGUGAAACUAAGUAAAGGAGUAACUUUCAUCAGAGAAAUACUGCAACGCAAUUCCGCUAUCGACCAAGUUAGUCGAGUCCGACAUACCCAUGAAAAAGAGGCAAGGGAGAUCGAAGCUCGGUUAGAUGCACCAUCUGUCCAGACAGUAAUAGCAAUGGGUUAUUCCCGAGAUUUAGUAAGAAGGGCUAUAGAAAAUAGACUUACAACUGUUGGUGACGAUUUCCCUAAUCUACAGUCUUUAGUAGAAGCCAUUCUUCGAAUAGAAGAGAAACAUGAAGGGGGAAAUGGUGGUGGUGACAGAGAGAUAAGAGCUGGGUUAGGCGCACCAUCUGCUCACAGCAUGGUAGUUGAAAUGGGCUCAUUUAAUAUGCAGUCCUUGAUGGAAGCUCUUGGUGAAAUAGAAAACGAGCAAUAA